AUGCUCGCCUCGUUCCCCUGCUCUGUCGUGUCCAUGGCGUUCUCUGGUGGAUCUGGUGGUUUCCGCCUUCAAUCUCCAUCUGUUCCCUUGUUCUUCAUCCCUGAAAGUCGAUUGGGACUCGUUCUUAGCAUCCUCGACGCAUCUCCGUCUUCUGUCCGUCGUUCUCAUCGUCGGUCGCCGCCACCUCCGAGGCUCCGGUCUCCGUUGAGGUACUAG